AUCCUGCUUUACCCGAUUGCUGCCGAUUUUAUUCACAAAAACCAAUCUCCUGUAGUCUUCUCCUCCAAAAUCCCCGCACCCUUCCGAAAAGAUUGCGUUGCAGAACCCUACAUAAACCUCUGAAACUCUGAAAUCCUAAUUUUGGAACCCAAUUGAAUUCCCAAUCUUGGAUUCGUUCCAAUGGAACUCUAUUCAUCUUUCAGACCACCAUCUACGCUGGAUUUAUCCUUCUCCUCCUCAAUUUCGCCCUUUCUAAUCCAAGCCCCUCCAAAAAUCCCCAAAUUCCCACAAAGAUUCAACGUUAUGGCAGUAGCAGUCGACCCGAAAGAGCUCCCGCAGAACAGCCCUCAGAGGCUAUUGAAGGAGCUAGCAGAGCGCAAGAAAGUGGUUUCCCCGAAGAGAAAGGCUCCACCGAGAAGAUUCAUCCUCAAACCUCCGAUGGACGACGCGAAACUGGCGGAAAGAUUCCUCAACAGUCCGCAGAUGUCGUUAAAGUCGUUUCCAUUGUUGAGCUCUUGUCUGCCUCCGUCGCGGUUGAACAAUGCCGACAAAACCUGGAUGGACGAGUUCCUGCUGGAGGCGAAGCAGGCUUUGGGGUACCCUUUGGAGCCUUCGGAGAAUUACGGCGACGAUAAUCCUGCCAAGCAGUUCGAUACUCUGUUGUAUUUGGCAUUUCAGCAUCCUCACUGUGAGAGGACGAAUGCGAAGCACGUGAGGUCUGGGCAUUCUCGAUUGUGGUUCUUGGGGCAGUACGUGCUGGAAUUGGCCUUGUGUGAGUUUUUCUUGCAGAGGUAUCCGAGGGAAUCUCCUGGUCCGAUGAGGGAGAGGGUUUAUGCUUUGAUUGGGAAGAGGUUUUUGCCUAAGUGGAUCAAAGCUGCCAGUUUGCAGAAUUUGGUUUUCCAGUAUGAUGAUAUGGAUAGGUUGAUUAGGAAAGAUCGAGAGCCUCCAGUCAAAUCGGUUUUCUUGGCCUUGUUUGGGGCGAUAUAUCUGUGUUUCGGCAUGCCGGAAGUGUACCGUGUUCUUUUUGAAGUGUUUGGUAUGGACCCUGAGGCAGAAGAUUGCCAGCCGAAAAUUAGGAGACAGCUCGAGGAUGUAGACUAUGUUUCCGCUGAAUUCGACAAUCGAAAACUAAGUUGGCAAGAUGUUGCUGCUUAUAAGCCUCCAGAAGAUGCACUUUUUGCCCAUCCAAGGCUUUUCCGGGCAUGUGUUCCUCCGGGAAUGCAUCGUUUCCGCGGGAACGUAUGGGAUUACGACAGUAGACCUCGAGUCAUGAAGACACUCGGAUAUCCUCUGCCGCGAGAUGAUAGGAUCCCUGAGAUUACGGAAGCUAGGAAUAUCGAGCUUGGGCUGGGAUUGCAGCUUUGCUUCCUGCACCCGUCGAAAUACAAGUUCGAGCAUCCUCGGUUUUGCUUCGAGCGUCUGGAAUAUCUCGGUCAGAAGAUCCAGGAUCUUGUAAUGGCCGAGAGGUUGCUAAUGAAGCAUCUAGAUGCCCCUGGAAGAUGGGUUCAGGAGAAGCACCGGCGCCUUGUAAUGAACAAGUUCUGCGGCAAGUACUUACGGGAGAAGUAUCUACAUCGUUUCAUUAUCUACAGCGAGGAGGUACAAGAUGCGUACGAGCACAACCGGAGGUUAAGGAAUCCGGCCACAACCUCCGUCCAACAAGCCAUUCACGGGCUUGGGUACGCAGUUUAUGGAAAACCAGACACUCGGCGCCUCAUGUUUGAGGUUUUCGACUUUGAACAGAUCCAACCUAAGGCUGUAUCUUAAGAUAUCAAAAAAAUGGAUGCAGAUAUAACCAUUGCUGGUACAGUAUGUAUAUAGAGCAAUUUUCAUCAUAUUGGGGAACUACAUUUUGUAUUCUAACAUCUCUUGCUUGUAGAAGAAUACUUUCAUCAUUUUAACACUACAGAUUCUCAUUUA